CGUAACUCUAACACCACACACAGCACCGACGAUACUACAGCCACCUUUACUGGGCUUAGAGGCCAGCUCUGCAUUUUUACAUAUCCAUAUCUGAGCGAGUGCCCUCUCAGUCAAUGCAGUUACACCAGCCAGCCUCCAGGGGGCAGGGCACACACUGGUGCAGCACACUGGCUCAACUCUGUGGCCUUGUAGGGAAAUGUGUGUGUGUGUGUGCAUGCUUAUGUGUGUGUAAGUGCAUGUGCAAGUGAGGUCUGAAUUUGAGUCAGAAGCCCCCUUUAGUAUGUUGAUAAAUGUAUAUUAAAACAACAACUAAGAGAUGGUUGAAAAGAGAAAGAGAGAGGGGUGGAGGUUGUGUCAGAGGAAGUGAUGGUGUCAUGAUCAGUUGAGUACCUGGCUCAUAACGGCAUUGGAGCUCAGACGUGGAAAGAGAGCGCGAGAGACAGACAGAUAGAGGAACCUGCCUAAGAACACCCAGGCUUCCGCAGGCACUGCUGACCCAUCCGCCGUCUAGCAGCGCUGGCUGACGACCUCCCUUCUGACAGCAGAACCAACCCCAGCCCAAGCCCCAGCAGGCUGUGUCAGGAUGUACCAGAAGCAGCCCCACCUGUCGGGGCCCCAGUGCUCGGUCAUCCAGGGGGGCUACACGUCGCCCGCCUCCCUCUCCUACUCCGUCCUCAGCCACGCCGGGCCCUCCACGGCCAUGGGGGGGCACAUGGGGGUGACCCCCGAGAGCGUCCCCUCCUCGGCCAGCCACAGCCAAAUGAGCCAGGAGGCCGGGGGGCUCUACUGCCAGCCUGUGGGGGCCCAGGGGCCCGGCAUGGCAUACAUGGCAGCGCCCGCCUGCUCCACCAGCACGGGAGAUCACCAGAGCCAACAGAACCAUAUGGGACAGCAGCUGAGGCUCAGCGUAGCGUCCGUCUCCUCUGACGAUGUGCUGCCCUGUUUGGCGUCUUUCUGUCAGGACUUCCCCUCCUUCCUCCUGCCUCCUCCUCCUCCCCCUCCCCCGGGUCUUCAUCAUCGUCAGCCGGUGGCCAAGAAGGGCAUGAACAAGGACAGCAUGGAGUACCGUCUGCGUCGCGAGCGCAACAAUGUGGCCGUGCGGAAGAGCCGGGAUAAGGCGCGGCGCCGCAUCCAGCUGACCCAGCAGAGGGCGCUGCAGCUGCAGCAGGAGAACCAGCGGCUCCAGCUGCUCAUUGAGCAGCUGACCCACGAGCUGGACACGCUCAGGCACUUCCUGGCCCAGCGGCCACUGCGCUCCAAAGCUGAGGAGGAGAGCUGCUGACCAUCACCACCACACGAGGACCCGAGAACACACACGCAGAUAGACACACACACACACUCUCUUUCUCUCUCUCUCACACACACGCACGCACACAAACACAUGCGUCCCUAACGCUACCUAACUACCUACCUGCAGGCCUAAUCUAAGACAUGUCAACUCCUCCACAAGUCACACAUGCACUGGGCAAGAGCAGACACUGAACACCAGUGGGGUACCUGAGGCCCGCCGAGCCACCUCACAAAACAGUACACAACCCCUUCAAAAAACCUUUUUACAGUCAAUAAACAACAAGACUAAAAACGACCUCUGACUGCGAAAGUGAGCUCUUUGUGGUCAGUAGUUACUCUCCAAAACUAUUAGACAUUAGCGGCCGUGGAAGAAAAGCAACUUACUGUUGGUCUCAGUAGGCCUACAGCAGUUUUCACAAGACGAUCCGUUCAAAAAAAUAGUUCAGUAAAAUGCAUUGAUUAAUAUUUGUAUGUAAACUAGAAUGUGUGAAUAAAAAAGUUUCAUGUUAA